AGUCGGGGAGGGACGCACUACACCAGCUCUCCGCCGACCCCCGGGCCUCGCCCCGCCCAUGGCCGCGCCGGGACCCCGCGCCUUACGGGUCGCGCUCUGCGGCGGCUGCUGCUGCCUUCUCCUGUGUGCCCAGCUCGCUGUCGCCGGUAAAGGAGCUCGAGGCUUUGGGCGGGGAGCCCUGCUCCGCAUGAACAUCUGGCCAGCUGUCCGAGGGGCCUGCAAACAGCUCGAGCUCUGUGAGCAUUGUGUGGAGGGGCACAAAGCACACAACCUCUCUGGCUGUGUGUGGGAGCAGUGUCGGCCAGAGGAGCCAGGACACUGUGUGGCCCAAGCUGAGGUGGUCAAGGAAGGUUGUUCUGUCUACAACCGCUCAGAGUCGUGUCCAGCUGCCCACCACUACCCCACCUAUGAACCAAAGACAGUCACAACAGGGAGCCCCCCAGUUCCCGAAGCCCACAGCCCUGGCUUUGACGGGGCCAGCUUCAUUGGGGGCGUUGUGCUGGUGCUGAGCCUGCAGGCAGCGGCCUUCUUCGUCUUACGCUUCCUCAAGGCCAAGGACAGCACCUACCAGACACUGUGA